AUGCCACCCCAGGAACUGCCCAGCGAGACGACCCGUGUUCGAGCAAUCCUUCGAGGUAUUCAACUCAUGGUCAUCCUCACGUAUGUUUGUCCAUCUCCAUACAGAGAAAGAUUUUUGCAUUUAAAGAUACGACUGAACACACGAAGAAAAGAACAUGAAAGAUCAGCUGGUUUUGGGGUGCAAAGUGGUCUCUCUAUUAAAGAAAUGGAAUCAUCUCAACCCCUUUCAAAACAUCCUAAGGCAUUUGAUGCAGUAUUCUUUAUGGCUACUAAUAAGGAAGGAUUUUAUUUUGUAGCAGGAUCUGAAAGAAGGCAACAUGGAAUUAUCAAUGGUCUUUGCUACUUGCUUGUUCCUAAUAUUGGGUUACUAUGUAGUCCAAAGUUACCAGAUACCAUCUUAUUUGGAGCAAAGAACAAUGAAUUUGGUGCAGAAGGUCUCCUCAUCAAGCCCAUUGAACCAAUGAAAAAAUGGAAAAUCACAUAUCAAGGCAAAAUCUUAUCCACAGACUCCUCAAAAAUAUUUGAUGUACAGAUUGAUGGAGACUGGUUUUCAAAACUGCCAUACUUCAAUUUCGACACUGACUUACAUCCAUCAGCAUUGGCAAAUGCAAUAGCCAGAGAAACUUGGACAAAAGACUAUUUUAAUAAUCUAAAAGAAGCACAUCAAACACACUAUGAGCAAAUGGGAUCCAUGAAAGCAACAAUUACAGUCCAAAAUCAAACACAUGACAUUCAGAUGCAAGCCUUCCGUGACCACAGCUAUGGAAAGAAACGAGAUUGGGAUUUAAUGCAUAGAUACGCAUUUCACAUGAUGUUUUUGGAAGAUGGAACAAUGGCCACAGUAGGAGUAAUUUGCCAACCUUGCACUGGAUCAGUACUGCAAACAGGCUAUGCUUAUACGCCAGAAGGCAAAGUUUAUCCUUUGGAAUGGUGUACUCUCAAUUUAUAUGAGCAUGGAGAAAGUGGUACACCACCAACAGAUCAUGGAUUUCAAUUCAAAGCAGGACCCACUACAUACACCGUAGAAGUGCUGGUCCAAUGUAAAAAUGUUCAUUAUGUGGGUUGGAAAUGGGAAGCAAGAAUGGUUGAACGUUUUGUAAAAUAUAAAGUCAAUGGUAUUCCUGGAAGAGGAGUGUCAGAGUUUCAUUACUACAAUCCUGAUGGGAGACCACAAAAAUAUGCUGCCAAUGAUCCUCAAUGGUUUCAAGCAAUAACAUAUUAAUUGCUAAUCAAUAUGAACAUAUUAAAAUGAGUGUAUUGUAGAUGUGGUGGGAUUUCAACAAAAUAAAA